AUGCAGCUCCAUCACCUGGUCACCGGCUCCUAUACCAACACCACACUCUUCCUCCUCGCCUUCGACAGCGUCUCGAGGACUUUGGGCUUGGAUUCGACAGUUCCGGGAUAUGGACUGCACCAAUUUGUCUCGAGCAAUUCCGCCAAGGAUCGUAUCCACGCAACUGCCAUGAGCGAGCCUCCGCGCUUAUUCUCUUGGAGUGUCAGUGAGAGCUUCACGUUCAACCACCUCGACACGGUCAACAUCAGGAACUCUUCCUCCGCCUGCUAUGUCUCGGACAACGGCCAGUACGCUUUCAGUGCUGGAGGACCCACCGCGCAUGUCCAUGCUCUUGACCAGGACGGGGGCAUAGGCCAACUGAUUGACGAGAUUGAUCUUCUGCCAUCGGAAGAGAUCAAAAGAGUGGACAAAACCCGCAAUGCUGUCCUAUACGGAGCUCAUGCGUUUGACGUCAAUGUCAACAAUAAAGCCUUCAUUCCUGAUCUUGGCAUGAACUCCAUCUAUAUGUACGAUAUUGCAGCAAAUGGCUCUCGCAAUACCUAUCCUAGUAAGGAUGGGAGGCUUCUCUACGUGAUAACAGAACACACGCAAUGGCUUGAUGUUUACGAGAUUGGAGAUAUCCAGCUAAAACACGUACAGCGUGGUAGUGCCAUACCUAACGACUUUCGCGGUGAAUUCACCUUCCGCGGUAAUACUGUGCAGCCAUCUCGAGAUGAGAAAUAUCUCUUCACCUCGAGCCGAAGCCGGAACAGUCCAGGUGCAAAUGGAUACGUCGCUGACUUUGCACUGAACGAAACAGGGUACCUAGCAGAAGAAGAAGCUCAAUUGGUUGACAUCCACAGCGCAAACCCGCAAUGGUGUCAACCCAGCUACUGGCCAGGACAAUCCCCCCGUCCCCGUCGCGACCCCGAGGACUUGAACCGCUCCGUUGACGCCGCCCAGCAGGCCUUCCGGAAAUGGUCUAAAACCUUCUAUGACCAGCGCUGUGCUGCCCUGAUGGCCUUCGGAGAUGUUAUUGAGGCUAACCAGGAUUCCCUGGCCUGUUUUCUGACCAUGGAGGUUGGUCUGGCUAUAUAG